UCCCCCUCCCCUCCCCUGCAUCCUCCUCCUCCCCCUCUCUUUCGAUCAUGUCGAGUGUCGUCAACCAUAACGCCACGAUGGUGCAUGCCAGCCCGUCGACCCGCCUGCGCCAUGCCCGUUCCUCCAACCCCACCACCACCCUGGGGCAUCUGGCCUCGCUGGACUGCACGGACUUCAUGGCCGCCUCUGGCCCUGGCAGCGACAAGCUGGCCGCCGCGUCGGCCACCGCCGCGGCCAUUGUCGCUGGCAGCCCGGCCGACGGCGCCGCUGCCACCACCACCGACGCCGCUCCCGGCACCCCGCCCGUCGUGCAGGAGAAUGUCCACGCCCGCCGGACCUCCAUCAUCUGCACCAUCGGCCCGAAGACCCAGUCCGUGGAGAAGCUGGCCUCCCUGCGCCAGGCCGGCAUGAACGUCGUCCGCAUGAACAUGAGCCAUGGCUCGUUCGAUUUCCACCAGGCCACUAUCGACAACACCCGCCAGUCGGACAAGCUCAUGGACGAGAUGGCCCGCCCGGUGGCCAUCGCCCUGGACACCAAGGGCCCGGAGAUCCGCACCGGCGAGCUGGCCGACGGCAUCGACGAGGUGACCCUGACCUCCGGCGAGCAGGUGGUCGUGUCCACCGACCGCGCCAACAUCAAGCGCGGCUCGGCCAGCCUGGUCUUCAUUGACUAUCCCAACCUGGCGCGUGUGGUGCUGCCCGGCUCGCCGAUUUACAUCGACGACGGCCUCAUCUCCCUGCAGGUGGUCACCGUGGACUCCCCGAACCCCGGGGAUGUCACCUGCACCGUGGUCGAUGGUGGUGUUCUCUCCAACCGCAAGGGUGUCAACCUGCCCGGGGCUCUGAUUGAUCUGCCCGCCGUGUCGGACUACGAUCGCGAGUGCUAUGCCUUCGCCGUGCGCAACAAUGUCGACAUGAUCUUCGCCUCGUUCAUCCGCAAGCCGGCCGACGUGGCCGACAUCCGCAUGUGCCUCGGCCCGGAGGGCCAGCACAUCAAGAUCAUCGCCAAGAUCGAGAACCAGGAGGGUGUCAACAACUUCGAUGAGAUCCUCGAUGCCGUCGACGGUGUCAUGGUGGCCCGCGGUGAUCUCGGCAUUGAGAUUCCCCCGGAGCGUGUGUUCCGCGUGCAGAAGAUGAUGAUUGCCCGGUGCAACAUCGUCGGCAAGAGUGUCAUCUGCGCCACGCAGAUGCUUGAGAGCAUGACCACCAACCCCCGCCCCACUCGUGCUGAGGUCUCCGAUGUGGCCAAUGCCGUCCUCGACGGUGCCGAUUGCGUCAUGCUUUCGGGUGAGACGGCCAAGGGCAGCUACCCCAUCGAGGCCGUGCGCAUGAUGCACCGGAUUUGCAUCGAGGCCGAGCUGGCCACCUUCUCCACCUCCUUCUUCAAUGAGCUCCGGCUGCUGACCGCGCCGAACCCCUUCUCCGGGAAUGGCACCCCCGGCGGCCCGAGCCAGUCCUUCGCCGAGACGCUGGCCUGCUCGGCCGUCAACGCCGCCCUCGAGCAGCCCAACAUCGGUGCCAUCAUCGUGCUCACCGGCAGCGGCGAUACCGCCCGCCUGGUGUCCAAGUACCGUCCCCGGUGCCCGAUCAUCACCAUCACCCGCGAGGCGCGCGUUGCCCGGCAGGCGCACCUGUGGCGCGGGUGCUUCCCGCUCCUGUACGACCGCGGCCGCAUCUCCCCCGGCGCCGUGUCCGGCGAGCAGUGGCAGCUGGAUGUCGAUGCGCGCAUUCAGUUCGGCAUCAUGAAGGCCAAGACCAUGGGCCUCCUGAGCUCUGGCAUGAUGGUCAUCGCCAUCCAGGGCUGGAAGAGUGGUGUUGGCCACAGCAACACCAUGCGUCUGCUGGUGGCCCCCUAAGCGGCGUGUGCUUUUCCAAGCCCGAGGGGCGCCUUUCCCCCGCGCCACCGCGCAAGAGGCUGGCUCCGGGGGAGGGACCCGGGAGGAACCACCUGUACAUCCAUGUGUGCGCAGUCCUCCGACGUGACGCUCCCCCCCCCC